UAGAGGUCACUGGGAGAUGUGGGCUGCCUGCCUCCCUUGGGCGUGGUGGAGGCUGUGUGAUCCCAGCAUCCCCUCCAUCCUUUGGGAAAGCCACUGAAAGAGGCUGCCAUAGGAGGAGGGAAGCCUGGGCUUGAGGCCGAUGUGCAAUUAUUGCAAGAGCCCAGCCUUCCUAGCAUUGGAAAACAAAGGCAUCUGGAUGCUGCUGCAUUGAUUUCUCUGUAAGCCUAGGAUGCUCUGUUUGUAUCACUCUCCUGAUCCAUUGGAAACCUGAAGCCAAGAAGGCCCAAGCCUUUGGACUUCACCAAGCCGGACAGAUCAAGCCCAGAUCUAAAGAUCCAGAAGGAAAAGAAAAGGAGAAAGCAGAGACAAAGGAGAUUUUUGGCCUGUGGUCCUCUUCGCUGAGGUGGCACAAGGAAAGUGAACGCGUGGCCUGCCCUAACUUGCAAGGGUUUUGUUCUUCUGGUGCCAAGGCAACACCUGGACACCUAUCGGGAAAAGGCGGAAUAGAAAUAAUAAUAAUAAUAAUAAUUAUUAUUAUUAUUAUUAUUGGACAAGGUGGUCCUUGGCAUGAAGCGAAUGCCAGUUCUGGAGAGAAGGGGGCACAGCCUUCAACCCCAGACCAUUUUGUAGGCAGUCCCCCCUCUUUCAAGAGGAUUUCCCUCGUGCCAUGAAGGUGGUGAACAUCCAAAAGGGGGUCCAUCACCAUGAGAAACAAGUGAUGUGGUAGCUUUUUGCAUUUUGCCAGGAGAUUUGGGUAUGUUUUGAGCCUCCACAGGUUGCCACUUGUCUCCAAAAAGAAGACAGGACUUGCCUCUGGACCAGGGUCGUGUCUCUUCCUUAUGCCAAGGAUGCCCACCACCAAGCCUCCCGAGGAGGAAUAUUGGAUCGAAGGCUCCCGGAAGGAUUCGUCUCUCCAGGAUUUCUACCUUGUGGGUCCUGAGUUGGGCAGGGGAGCCACGUCAGUUGUGUACAGUUGUGAAGAGAAAGGGACGCAGGCCCAGUAUGCAGCCAAGAUACUGAAGAAAACAAUUGACAAGAAGAUUGUCAGGACCGAAAUUGGGGUUUUGCUGCGGCUCUCACAUCCAAAUAUUAUCAAACUCAAAGAGAUCUUUGAAACCCCCACGGAGAUCACUCUCAUCCUUGAGCUGGUGACAGGUGGCGAAUUGUUUGACAGGAUUGUUGAGAGGGGCUUCUACAGCGAAAGAGAUGCAGCCCACGUGGUGAAACAAAUCCUAGAAGCUGUGUCUUACUUGCAUGCAAAUGGCGUGGUCCACCGCGAUCUCAAACCAGAGAAUCUUCUCUAUGCAGAUCUCUCCCCAGAUGCCCCUCUCAAAAUAGGUGAUUUUGGAUUAUCAAAAAUUGUGAUGAGCAGGAUACAAUGAAACUGUAUGUGGCCCCCAGGAUAUUGCGCCCCUGAAAUUCUCCACGGCUCGCCUUAUGGUCCUGAGGUGGAUAUGUGGUCUGUAGGCGUCAUAACAUAUAUCUUGCUAUGUGGCUUUGAGCCUUUCUUUGACCCAAGAGGGGACCAGUACAUGUACAGCAGGAUCCUCAAUUGUGACUACGAGUUUGUCUCUCCGUGGUGGGAUGAGGUGUCUCUCAACGCCAAGGAUCUGGUGCAGAAGCUGAUCGUCUUGGAUCCCCAGAAAAGGCUCACGGUGCAGCAGGCGCUGGAGCACCCAUGGGUCACAGGCAAAGCGGCUAAGUUCGCUCACAUGGAUAGCACCCAGAAGAAACUGCAGGAGUUUAACGCCAGGAGGAAGCUGAAGGCCGCCAUGAAAGCUGUGGUUGCCUCUGGGCGCCUGGGCAACCAUGGCCACCAUGAUGGCUCAAAAAACGGCCGCCACCAGGACGCUGCUAAAGAACCAGGCCUCCCUCUGGGUGCAGAAAGCGCUCCCCUUUACCAGGGGGAACUCUCCGGGUCCAGCAUGCAAAAUGCGGAUGGCGUGACAUCAACUCCUCCAGCUAUGGUGGAGAAAGAAGAUGGUUUCCAAAGUGAUUGUCAAGUUGUGGUCAAUGGCUCCAGCUGCAACAGUUAACCCUUCCAGACUCAGGCGCUUGAUCUAGGCCACAGUUCAUGGGGUGAAGUCUCCCCAUCAUGAAGAUGAUGUUGAGGAUUACCUGCCAGGUUGAGAGAGCAUUCAGACAGAGGAGAAACCGCUACUGAAAGCUUCUGAACAUGAAGAAGACUUCUGACAGUUGUUUCUAGCUUUCCAUACAAAAAUUCCUUUUCAUCAGACUUCUGUCCCAUUCUGCAGAUUUCCCCCAAACAUUUUGGCAUCUCGUUUCCAGCUACAUAUUUUCAAAAUUCAACCCACCUCCAAAAUUUAACCCAGCUCAUUCUCUAAACACUUCACAAUCAAUUUUCAAGCAACAUAUUUUUAAAAUUCAGCCCAUCUCAUGAUGGGAUUUACAGUACUUAGAACAGGUUGUCCAUCGUGUUCAUCUCACAUUGUGUGUGAGCAUGGCUUAUCCAAGAUCACUCAGUCCAUUUUCCAUGACUAGAUGGAGAUUUGCAACAAAUGCUCCCAAUGUCCAGUCCAACAAUCACACCACUACACCAUGCUGUCUCCUCUGGGCGUUGUAGUCCAAAUAAUUUACUAAGCUCUGCUCUUAUAUAAUGAGUCCACCUAGCUCAAUACUGUCUGCUCAGACUGGCAGGGAUUCCCCAAGAUUUCAAGCAGAGAAGGUCCAUUUCCCAACAUCUUCCCAUCUUUUUAUUUUUAAAAACCUGGAAAUGCUAGAAAAUGAACCUGAGACCUUCUCUGUUUGUAAAAUACUUCCAUGAAAGAUCCAGCAAGAUCCUAGUUCUCAUGAUUCCAAUUAAAGGGCUGAUUUAAAUAGGAAGCUGUAUCAUACUAGAUCGGACUAGUGGCCCAUUACAUCCAGGGUUGACUGACAGCAGACCUUCAGGAUCUUGGGCAGAGAAGAGUCUUCUUCCAUCCCUUUUUCUCCCUCCUCCUUUUAACUGGAAACACCAGGGAAUAAAGCAGUAAUCUUCUGCAGAACUAUGUGUUCCCAACUUAACGUAGCCUUAACUUUGAUACUCGUAUUUCCCUAGGUGUAAGGUGCUAUUUUACUAAAUUAAUCAUAUUCAAACUAUUUUCAGACACAAACAACCCAGAAGGAAUAAAUGAAUUAAAUAACAAAAGGCUGCUGGGAGUUCCAACACUUUCCCUGCAAAAAAGAGACGAAGAAGGGGUUGCCUACUGCUUCUCUGAGUGAUUCCCUGUUCAGGCCAUGCUUAUUCUCCCUCCAAGGGCUGGUGAUUCAUUGCAUCUCUCAACUUGGCAUGCUACCCAAUAAUCGUUCUGUUCCCUUCAGUACAGGGACCUAUCUGCUCUGAAAAGAGCUUUCUUGUGGUGUCUGUACAAACUGUGCUUGCCUCCUGCCAAGUCUGCUAAGUCUGUUCCAUACCUGUCUGGUGGAUCCAUGGAUCUUUCUGCAGCACAGAGGUGUUGCAGUCCCAAAAAAGUCACUUUUUUCGCAGCUGUUCACAAUACACAUGACCAUGGGAGAUGUAGUCCACAAAAAGUAAAGUAAACCUGAAACAAAGGCCUGUUACAGACUGCCGAAAUAAAGCUGCUUCAGGUCUCUU